AUGUCUCCUGUUCAACUCCCCCACGAUUUCGAAUGGGGAUUCGCGACAGCUGCCUAUCAGAUUGAAGGAGCUGUUGAUGAUGAUGGUCGCGAGAAAUCAAUUUGGGACACUUUUUGCCAUUUAGAGCCUACGCGGACCAAAGGAGCUAGCGGAGAUAUUGCUUGCGAUCACUACCACCGUUUUCAAGAGGAUUUCGAUCUUCUCUCCCGAUAUGGUGCUAAGGCUUACAGGUUCUCAAUUUCUUGGUCUCGGAUCAUUCCACUAGGUGGAAGAAAUGAUUCGAUUAAUGAGUCCGGCAUCGAGUUUUACAACAGGCUCAUUGACUCCUUGCUGGUCAGGGGCAUUACACCGUGGGUCACUUUGUACCACUGGGAUCUCCCCCAAGCACUUCACGACCGUUAUGGCGGAUGGCUGGAUGUGGAAGAGUCGCAACUGGACUUUGAGCGAUAUGCCAAGGUGUGCUAUGAGCGUUUUGGAGACCGGGUGAAGAAUUGGAUUACCCUGAACGAGCCAUGGAUUGUAUCCAUCUUUGGCUACGCUACUGGUGGAAAUGCGCCUGGGCGAAGCAGCAUCAAUCCUCAGUCAACAGAGGGUAACACGGCUACGGAGCCCUGGAUCGUCGGAAAGGCCUUAAUUAUGAGCCAUGCCCGUGCUGUCGCAUUGUAUAACAAAGACUUUCGAGCUAUUCAACAUGGCAAGAUCGGUAUUUCACUCAAUGGCGAUUACUACGAACCCUGGGAUAGCCAAGAUGAGCGUGACAAACUCGCGGCAGAGCGCCGCAUGGAGUUCCACAUCGGAUGGUUUGCUAACCCAGUCUGCCUAGCACAAGACUAUCCCGCCUGCAUGAGAGAGCAAAUCGGUGAGAGACUUCCCAAGUUUACAAAUGCGGAGUUUGAUCUACUUCGAAAAGCCAACAUGGACUUCUACGGCAUGAAUUACUAUACUUCUCAAUUUGCACGUCAUCGCGAUGAAUAUGCGCCUGAGGUUGACUUCCUGGGGAAUGUGGAAGAGUGCCAAGAAGACAAGCAGGGCGUUUCGGUUGGCGAACCAAGUGGUGUUCAUUGGCUUCGCUCGACUCCUAGUCUUUUCCGCAAACAUUUGACCAGAGUGUACCGAAAAUAUGGGAAGCCGAUCUAUAUCACAGAGAAUGGGUGCCCAUGCCCCGGUGAAGAAAAGAUGACUUGUGAAGACGCCGUCAAAGAUGACUAUCGGAUUCGUUAUUUCCAGGAUCAUAUUGAUGCCGUCGCACUGGCUUGCAACGAGGAUGGCUCAGACAUCAAAGGGUACUUCGCGUGGUCAUUGAUGGAUAAUUUGGGUAAGUUUGAUCUGGCAACCCUUGCUCCGCUUGAUGAACUGAGAUUUCUAGAAUGGUCUGAUGGCUAUGGCGUUCGAUUUGGUGUCACUUUCACCGAUUAUGAUACUCUAGAAAGAACGCCGAAGAAGUCCGCGUUGCAAUUGAAGAGCAUGUUCGACGAGCGAAUGGGUGCAGUAAAUACCCAGUCUCAGACAGAUGGCGCCGAAGAAUCCUCUGGUAAAGGCGCCAGGGCACACAUGUAA